AUGGAGGUAGCAGCAGCGACUGCGACGAGCUUCAUAACGCUCCGAGCUCGUACGUCAGCGAUAAUCCCUUCUUCAGCAUGUAAUCUGAGAUCUAAAGGAAGAUUUUCUUCGUCUUCUCUCAGAGCUUCUCUCACAAAUGGUUUCCUCUCUCCGUAUACCGGAGGAAGCAUCUCCAGUGACUUCUGCGGUGCCAAGCUUCGUUCGGAAUCUCUUAAUCCGUUAAAUAGGUCUAGUUCUAAGCCUAAGCGUGGAGUUGUCACUAUGGUUAUACCAUUUUCAAAGGGAAGUGCACAUGAGCAACCUCCUCCUGACUUGGCAUCAUAUUUGUUCAAAAACCGAAUUGUAUAUCUGGGAAUGUCUCUUGUACCUUCAGUCACUGAGUUGAUUCUUGCGGAAUUUCUUUACCUUCAGUAUGAAGAUGAGGAAAAGCCUAUCUACCUCUACAUAAACUCGACAGGGACAACCAAGAAUGGUGAGAAGUUGGGCUAUGAUACCGAGGCUUUUGCAAUCUAUGAUGUCAUGGGGUAUGUCAAACCACCAAUCUUUACUCUUUGCGUCGGGAAUGCUUGGGGUGAAGCUGCUUUGCUUCUGACUGCUGGUGCAAAAGGAAAUCGUUCUGCAUUGCCCUCAUCGACUAUUAUGAUAAAGCAGCCCAUUGCUCGAUUUCAAGGCCAAGCAACUGAUGUUGAAAUUGCAAGAAAAGAAAUCAAGCACAUAAAGACAGAAAUGGUCAAGCUUUAUUCAAAGCACAUUGGUAAAUCCCCGGAGCAGAUUGAAGCUGACAUGAAACGCCCAAAAUAUUUUAGUCCCAGUGAGGCUGUUGAAUACGGAAUCAUUGAUAAGGUGGUUUACAACGAAAAGAGCACCCAAGACAGAGGAGUUGUGUCUGACCUUAAAAAGGCACAACUCAUCUAA